AUGAUCGUGACUCACACAUCUACCAAUCCUGCCCCGCUCUCUCCUCACACAGUCGACGUUCUCAUCACCAUCUCGUCGUGUCUGAGGCAUGUCGGGGAGGAAGCUCGAGCGACGGAGAGCAGUCUGAAGGCGUUGGUGAGCGACCUUGAAGACCGAGUAGGGGAGCUCGAGGAUGAGAGUCGGAUGCGGCAGGGGCGAGAGGCUGCCUGGGAGGAGCGGCUGAGGCGAGAGGCUGCCUGGGAGGAGCGGCUGAGGCGGCUCGAGGAGGCCGAUACGAGUGGCGGGGAUGGCAAAAAGAGGAAGAAGAAGAAGGAAGACCUGGACGUGAGCAAGGAUGAGAGAGUACAUUGCAUCAGCGGCCAUGAAAUCCGACACCCGGCUGUAGCCUGUCAAGCGGCGUGA